AUGACGGGCCGCACCAAGCCGGAUUCCGCGCUGGGCGUGCAUGUCUACCAGCAACCAACAGCCGUCUGCUUUGAUGACUUCGCCACUGCGUUCGGUUUCGUCCAUCAUGAACUUCAAUGGCGAAUACUGAUACUAAAUGGUGUACCACCAAACAUCGUUGCCAAGAUCACGGCAUACUACCGUUCCACCACUGCUCGGGUUCUUGUCAGUAACAACCUUUCAGAACCGUUUGCUAUUCGGUCGGUAGUUCAGCAAGGCUGUGUCCUGUCGUUUGCUCAAUCCAUUUACGCUAUAGACUACAUUUUUGGGAAGGCCCUACGUGAAGAGGACGGUGUUGAGCUUACACCCGGGCGCUGGCUGACUGAUCCAAACUACACCGAUGAUAUCGCGGUACUAGCUUAA